CUCAAACGGCCAAAUCAGGAGAGCAUUCAGCAUCACCGCUUACCUCAGACUACACUUGAGUUACUUCGGGACAUCCGCGAAUUUCUGCACGCGCCGCACAUGGUUCAAGAAGUCUUAUCUGCACAACGAACGCCGACGCUCAGCAUGGCGCUUCCGGGUUAUGAAAAGCUCAUCAUCCUGUUGCGCCUGUUGAAGAAGAAGCUCUGGCGGAUUUCUCAUGCCAUCGAGGCGUCGAUUGUGAAGCUCGAAGAGUACCUCGGAAAGGCACGUCAGACGGACAUCUACAUGGUCGCUAUGGGUGAG